AUGAUCACCCUGCGUCUACCCUCCCUCUCUCUCCUAUGUAGUAACGUCCACGUGGUGACCAGAGUAAUAGCUUCAAGUCAGAACACGUUGCUCUUCUGCUCAACCCUUAAAACAGCUUGCCAGCUCUCCCAGGGCAAAGCCCCUGCAGAAGUUUUCGGUCUCUCAGGUCAAUAUCCGCCUCUGUGGGAUGAGAGUCCUGGUCAGUUCAGUGACUACAGUGUGGAGAAUGGAAAGUACAUUAUUGAUCCCUGGGUAUACCCUAAGAGAAUGGGCAUGUAUAAAAUCCUCCUGAACAAGACAGCCAGUUAUUUUGAAAAAUUUGCACCAGAUAAUGAACAAAAUUUUUUAUGGGGAUUAGCUUUGCAGCAUGGCUGGCAAUUUACAUCAGGCAGAUUGGUUGAUCCCACCCAAACGACAGACUGUGGCUAUGAAUCUGGAGAUCGUUUGUGCAUCUCUGUGGACAGUUGGUGGGCCGAUUUGAAUUACUUUCUGUGUGCACUGCCCUUCCUCGCUGCGGUGGAUGCUGGCAUAAUGGGGAUAUCAUCAGACCAAGUGCUGCUUGUGCCGCCACCCAAGGACCAGACAAAGUUCUGUCUUAGUGCUUCUAGUUGUCGGUUGUCCUAUCCUUCGUCGAUGAGGAAGUGGAAUGCUCUUUACAAGCAUUUGCAGUCACCUUCUAGUAGCUUUGAGGACUUGUUGAAGUACAUGUGGGAGGCACACGUCUCAACCUUGAAUGAUGGCUACAAAAUUUUUGAAGACAGGUUUGAAUAUUAUUCUAAACCAGAAGCGGGUUUUGGGAAAGAUUGGAGCGUGUUUGUGGACUACAUAGCUGCUGCCAACUUUCCCACGAUCUUUAGUACAGUAUCUGCGUUCCAGAAGGCCCUGCCACCACGAGUGCUCGUGGAUGGGGACAGAGCUCCCUUUAUCAGCGACUUUACUGACCUUCAGAACGUAGUCCUGCUUGGUCUAAAUCUUGUCGGUGAAGUGGAUAGAGCAACAGGUAAAGGCUUAUAA